AUGUCAGAUCGAGAAAUCAUCUUGAGAGAAUGCGAAAAAGACCCGAAAUUCGCUGAAGUGUGGCUCAGCGUUCAACGAGGCGUGGCGCGAGAUUUGACUUUUGAAAGCGAAAACACCACCACAACUGAAGAAACUGCAUCGCAAACAAUGGAUUCUGGGCCGUCUACAUCAGAAUCAAAAUCGUCAUUUGUAUCACCGGAAUUGUCGGAUGUAGAAGUGAAAAACUUAAUGGACAAAUAUUAGUAAGUUUGAAAUUUUGAAUUAUAAUUUUGAUAACAAUUUCUACUUCAGCUAUGGAAGUUCCAAACUAUUGCACAAAGUCGAUUAUCCAUUUUAUGCGGAAGGAAUUGUUCUACCAAGUUUUGGUAAAAUCGAGGUCUUCUCACGCCGAGUCGGAAAAUUUGAAAUAUCAGGAGAUAUCGCUCGAAAUUCGAAAGAUGAUUUUGUAUAUUGGUUGGAAAUGGGAAAUGGAAUACGUCGAGGUUUCACGUUUUUUUCACCAAAAAAAUCAUUGGCAAUAUUUCGCCCAGUUUUCAAAUAUAUGAAGAAACCAGAAGACGUUUCGAUUACAAGUUUCGGAAUGUUAGGAUAUUCGAGAAGUGGCGAUGAAACCACUUGGAUUGUUUGGAACGAUCACUGUGGAUUGAUGAAAGCAAAAUUUGGAUCAGCGCGAAUUUCGAAGAACAAAUAUGGAAUUAUGCAUCCAAGAAUGGAAAUUGUGAAGUUCACUGGAAGUAUUGGCAUGGGAAACCAGCUUGAGAUAAGUGAAAUCGUUCACCACACCGAUACUUCUCUCCAAGAAUCCGGAUUUCCAACUGAAGUGGUUUAUGUGGACGAUCUCGAAUACGACUCAAAAAUUGGAAAUCGGCAUAAAUUUUGGUCUCAAAGUUUGAAAAUUUUCUGUAUUGUCAAUGAUUAUCAAUUCGCUAUUUCGGGAUUCGAUGAAAAUCAAAAAUAUAUCAGUUUCAUUGUGCCAAAUUUUGAAGAUUCUCGAGUUUUGGAGUGGCGAGGUUUGAUUUUGACAACAUCAGAAAAUGCGAAAUCGAACGAUCAGUUGGGAAAAUUCGAAAAGUUGGCAAUGAAAAAUAAUGUAAAACUUUUCGUAAGUUUUUUUUUCUAUUUAAAAAAUUCUAAAAUUAGUAAAAUAAUAAUUUUCAGCCAUUUGACAAUAAUUCAAACGUAGCACCACCAACCACGAAUACUGUAUCCUGUGACGUUACUUUUAUCAAAUCAGAAUAA